AUGGAUGACUCGAAAGUUGCAUUUUCUCUCAUCAUAGAUGAGGGAGAUCCGCCUACUUUUCAGGAGGCUCUCGACGAUGUUCCUUUCACAGAUGUUGUUUACAUUGAGCAUUCUGAUUUUCGGACAAAGGAUUCAAAAGACUAUUAUGGGCUUGCUCCUGAUAACGCGUUCCCUCUAAAAUGCACCGAAGUUGUAUAUGGGGAUGAUAAGGAGACCGUAAUUGAGAUCCGUGCUGAGCAUGAUCCUUCCAAAAAGACAAAGCCCAAGGGUGUUCUUCAUUGGGUAGCGCAACCUUCUCCAGGGGUUGAGCCUCUUAAAGUGGAAGUCAGGUUGUUUGACAAACUAUUCCUUUCCGAGAAUCCUGCUGAACUUGAUGACUGGCUAGCUGAUCUGAACCCACAUUCCAAAGAAGUGAUACCCGAAUGCUGCGCCCACUCUCGCGAAUCCUGUAAUGGGUGACAAAUUUCAGUUUGAAAGACUGGGCUACUUCUCUAUCGAUCCAGAUUCUAGUGCGGAAAAACUCGCCUUCAACAGAACUGUUACUCUUCGCGACUCCUAUUCAAAAGGUGGGAACAAAUAAGUGCCCAUGCAAAUUUGAACUUUUUUAGCAUGAAAUACCAACUAAUUAAUUAUGCUGCAUGCAUCAAAAGCGGUUGUUAGACAUGUAAAUACUUGGAACAGCUGUUGCUUUCCAGAGCUUCAUACAACGUAAAAUCAUAUCACUUUUUUGUUCUUGCGUGUGGGUGUGUGCCAGAGGCUUUGUUUUGUGGGGAUUAGGAAACUGAGAUUUCUUGCCUUUGCAUCAGGCCUGCAUUGACAGUCAAGAUGAGCUUUUCACC